AAUUUCCAAGUAGUUCAGGAACUUUUAAAUUAGAAAUUAUAUUACACGUUGCUUUAAUAAAAGCAAACUUGAGUAAUUUAUUGUGUGACAAAACCUACAAAUGUAAUAGGUACUUUAGAGUUAAAUUUGAACUCAGGGAGAACUGUCAAUUUUGACAGACAUUGAAUGACAGUUUGUGUCUGAUUUCGAAUUUCAAUUCUGUUUACAAAAUUUGUUUGUAAACAAGUAUUAAAAAUUCUUUUUACUUUUCCUUUAUUUUACUUUCGUGUUUUACAACAAUUAAUUAUGGAACCAAAAACAGAAUUACAGCGCAAUGCGGUGGUGGCAGCCCGCCGCAAAGAAUUGGAGGUUUACCAGAGGGCCUUGGAUAUCCAGUGGUUGAACAAUCGUAUGGAAGACGGUAGAAUGGGUCGAUGUCUUGCGCUCAUACAGAAAGAGGCUGAGAUGGAGAAGGAAUUUCAAAAGAGGACAGAUCAUGCAGCAAUAGUUAAUGCUCGAGCAAAAAAAGAGACUGCUCUUGGCAUUGAGGUAGCUAAGGUGCAACAAGAGGAGGCUUGCCAACUUCUGCGUAGACACCACCUCCGAGAGAGAGAUCCGAGCCUCAGAGAGCUAAUUAGGAAACUGCAUGCUGGGUAUGUCUGUAGGGAUCUGAAGCAGCAAAUAUUGCAGAAUGAGUAUAGAAGACUGCAGGAUAAGGCUGAUGAAGAGCAUGCCAACAGCAUACUUCGCAACGCACUGUAUAAUGAAAAAGAAUUGAGAGAACAAGAAGAUAAACAGAAGAUGGAACGUAACAUCCAGUAUUGUAAAGAAAUACAACAGCAACUAGUCAAUAGGCAACGCGUGAAGCAAUGCCAAUAUGAGGACACGUUGAUAGAAAAGAGGAUGUUGGAUGAUGUCAUCAGAACGCUGGCAGAUGAAGACCAAAGAGAGCUGCAACAAAAACGUGAGCAAAUGGAGAAGAUGCGCAACGAAAUGAUAACGUUUAAAAAGGCGCGUGACGCGUGGCGGGAGAAACAGAAGCAGAUGGUGAUCGUCGAGGAGCGGCAGGUUGAGGAACAGAGGAGGGCAGCAGUCGACAGGAGCUCAGCUGUUGUGGCAGCAAGACAAGAGACACUGCGAAAAAGAGAGGAAUUGAAUGCUCGAAUCGCUGAGAAAAUAUUAACUGACGAGGCGGCCCGUCUGGAACGGGAGAAUAUUAUAAAGCUUCUCCAGGAACAAGAAUAUUUGGAGAAGAACGUGCAAGACGACAUCGCCUCUAAACAGAAGUUGGAGAGAGUGAAAAUUGAUACUAAGGAGGCGUUGACAAAUCAGAUGGAGAUGAGGAAACGGGUGGCGAGAGAACAGAGGGAGAGGGAAGCGCAGUUUAGAAAGGAGGCAGAAGCAAAGAUUGCAGCAGAGGAAGAGAAAGAGAGGGAGAAACAGAGGCAAUUGAGAGAGAAGAAGCGACAGUACUCGCUGGAGCUACGAGAUCAGAUUGCGGAUAACUCGCGGCGGAGACAACAGGAGAGACGCCUGGAGGAACAGCGAGCUCGUCGCGUGUUCGACACGGACAAAGCAUGGCGCAUGGAAGUGGCAACGGAACGCGAGCAAAUUAUAAAGGAGCACGCGCCGCUCCUGUUGGGCAGCCUGCAGCCUGGCCUGCUGCGGCAGCAGGACCUGGAAGCUGUUAAGGCGGGCGCCGCCCAGCAUCAGCACCUCGCUACCCUCGACCUGGAGUCACUUGCCAACACCCAGCAGAUCCAACGCCGACCCAAGUGUAAUGCGCAGUGCAGAAUAUUGAAAGAGUAUUAACAUUUGUAUAGAAACUCAAAGCAAAGUCAAGAGAAGCCAAUUUUUAAAGAUUAGUGUUGCCCAGUGAAUUUUCGACAGUUAUAGUCUAAAAAUAAUCUAAUAUUUGAUUAGCCUGUGUCCCAUUCGUGUUUUAACCGUGAAGCAGUUGUGUUUGAAUGGCUGUGUUUCGGUUUGAAGGGUGGGAUAUGGCGUGAAUUUACAGGGUACAGGGGAAUAACACCUGAGUCCUCAGGAAUGGCAACGCAUGAGUGGUAUCAUGGGCGAAACAGUAUACUCUGUUAUGUUCAUGGUACUACUCAUGUCUAUAGGCGACGGUUACCACUUUCCAUCAGGUGGGCCGUCAGCUUGUUUGCCAUUCUAAGUUGUAUAAAAAAAGCCUAUAAUAGUGACUAUAAUCUUCAUAUCAGCUUUUAAUUGUCCACUGUACUACUUUUAAUAAACGCGGCGUUGUAAGUGAUACGAAGUUUAUCGGGUCAUUUAGUUGAUUAUGUAAUCGAAACGACAUGCAAUGUUAUUGACAGUUUGUAUUUAUUGCGAAUUUAAAAGUGUAUUAUCGUUGUUAUAGCUUAAAUUGAUAGUGAUGUAAUAUUAUUAAUUAAUUAUAUCCAUAUUAAUUUCCUUAUUAAGUUAUGUCUGUCAAUUUAUAGUAUCGUUAAUUGUAAUCAAUUAAUUAUAUUGUUGUAUCGAUUACUAUUCGAUUGUUAGAUUGUAUGCUGUCACAGUCGACACACCGAUUAAUAAUAUUUCUUACUCAUCGACUGUUCAAUAACUUUGGAAAUAGUAUUUUCUCAAACAUGCUUGGAAAUGUGAGCAUUAUUUUGACAAUCUUCUUCGAGAUAAAUCAAAAUUGCCGUACUGGCCAUAUACAUGCGGGCAGCGGCCGGCAAAAGUUGUAUAAAAAUCCAUAUCAGUCGUGUUUUGCGGCCAGAUAAAUUACUAUGUAAACUCAUAUCUGUCCUGUAAUUUAAAUAUGGAAUGACCUUUUACUUCGAAACGUGGCUACCAAGGAGGUAACUAAUAAAAAGUUUUAUUUAAAUUUCGAACUAGUUUGCAAAUAGAAAGCUGUUUAUUAAAAAAAAAAAACAAAGGAACAUUAUGGCGCGCGAAAAAUUAUUAUUGUUCAUUAUUCGUCAUUGAACUUAAAAAGUAUUUUUUUUUAUUUCCGCGUAUUGUUUGACAAAACUACUAUACAAGCCUUAGCCGCUUGAUGGACUCACGUAUGUGUGCCUCGGCUACACCUUGGCCCACAUUUGCACGUUCGUCCACCAAUGCCUCAGUUGCUGGCCGCUGCAGUAAUGUACUAUUUAAGACAAUAAAACGUUAUUACUAAUGGGAACGUCCAAAUUCUGUCAGAUAGACAUAAUAAUAUGUUAUUUUUUCGGACACAACCUAUAUACAUUUUCUUGCCCUAUGUUUGUAUAGAUAUAAGAAUUAGGUAUCUGCACUUGAGCUGCAAGGAAACACUAGAAAUGUAAAAAAAAAAUAUCAUACACAAAUAAUAAAAGUAUACCUAUCAAUUUAAAAAAAAAAAAUCUAGUAUUGUCUUUCAAAGAGACUAUCAAAAACAUGUUACUCUGUACACUUUUUUGUUAAUAAAUAUUUAUAGUUUUA